AUGUUUAGUUCAGGGAGCGUUCUACCUGUGAAAAUUCAGCCUCCCCUGCUCAGGCCACUGGCGUACAGAGUUCUGUCAAGAAAAUAUGGUCUAUCGAUUAAGUCCGAUGGGUUAUCUGCUCUGGCAGAGUUUGUCGGCACUAACAUAGGCACCAAUUGGAGACAGGGGUCUGCUACGAUAAGAUUCCUCGAGCAAUUUGCGACGGUGUGGAAGCAACAGGAAAGAGGAUUGUUCAUCGACCAAGACGGGGUUAAAGAGGUGAUUCAGGAGAUGAAAGAGCGUGAAAAGGCUGAAUGGAGCCACGAACACCCUACCCAGCACGGCGAUGAUAUACUGAGGCAUAGUGGCGAUGACAGCGACGAUGACAUGCCCAUGGCAGCUGAUUCCUCUUUACAAAAUGCAUUAUUAUCUUCACCCAUUCGAGACCCCAUCAAUGAGAACAAGCACAACGUUUCUUCCAGGUUAGAGAAAUCUAAAAACCUGGACUGGAGAGACUAUUUCAAAGUUAUCAAUGCUUCGCAGCAACAAAGGUUCUCAUAUAAUCCCCGUAAAAUGCAGUUCAUUUUCGUUGCAAAUAAAAAGGAGAAUUUAUUGGGCAGCAGUACGGGGUUUCUACCUGAUAUUGCGGAUAAAGUACAGAUGUUCCUGACAAGAUAUUAUCUCACCAACGAUAGAGUCAUGAGAAACGAGAAUUUUCAAAACAGCGACAUGUUCAAUCCAUUGUCCUCUAUGGUGUCGUUACAAAACGAACUAUCCAAUGCUGGCCAAAAACAGCAAUUCAAUAGCAUGAAUAUCACGCCAAUCAAGAAUCUGCUAGGUAGAGAUGCUCAAAAUUUUUUAAUAUUGGGCCUCCUGAACAAGAACUUCAAGGGAAAUUGGUCAAUAGAAGAUCCUUCUGGCUCCGUAGAAAUCGACAUUUCACAAACUAUCCCCACGCAGGGCCAUUAUUAUGCACCAGGUUGCAUGGUCCUUGUAGAAGGUAUAUAUUACUCUGUGGGGAAUAAGUUUCACGUCACUUCUAUGACUUUACCUCCUGGUGAAAGAAGAGAAAUUACAUUGGAGACUAUGGGUAAUUUGGAUCUUCUAGGUAUACAUGGGCUUUCCAAUAACAACUUUAUUGCUCGUUUGGACAAAGACUUAAAAAUCAGAUUACAUCUAUUAGAAAAGGAAUUAACUGACCACAAAUUCAUAAUUCUCGGCGCUGAUUUAUUCUUGGAUGAUUUGAGAAUUAUGACCGCGUUGAGUAAAAUAUUACAAAAGUUGAAUGACGAUCCGCCAACAUUGUUGAUCUGGCAAGGUUCCUUUACUUCAAUCCCCGUUUUUGCUUCAAUGAGUAGUCGGAACGUGAGUAGUUCAACCCAGUAUAAGAACAACUUUGACGCUUUAGCUACGCUAUUGUCGCAAUAUGACAAUUUGACUGAAAGAACCACAAUGAUAUUCAUUCCGGGCCCUAAUGAUCUGUGGGGAUCAAUGAUCUCACUUGGGGCGAAUGGCAUAUUACCACAGGAUGCCAUUCCUAGUGUGUUUACCAAAAAAAUGAACAAAGUUUGCAAAAAUAUUAUUUGGAGUUCAAACCCAACAAGGAUAGCGUACUUAUCUCAAGAAAUAGUACUCUUCAGAGACGAUUUGACUGAAAGAUUCAAAAGACACCAUUUGGAAUUUGCAUUUAACGAAAAUGAAGAAUCGUAUACUGAAAGUGCUAAUACGACAACCAAAGAUACUGAUAUCGUUCCAAUCGAUGAAUUAGUAAAAAAUCCAGAUCAAUUACCACAAAAAGUUCAAGAAUCAAGAAAGCUCGUAAAAACUAUAUUAGAUCAGGGCCAUUUAUCACCCUUUGUUGAUUCUAUACGCCCAAUUUCAUGGGAUUUAGAUCAUACUUUAACACUCUGUCCCAUACCAUCAACAAUGAUUUUAUGUGACACAACGUCUGCACAAUUUGAUUUGACAUACAACGGCUGUAAAGUCAUUAACCCUGGAAGUUUUAUUCAUAAUAGGCGUGCGAGGUAUAUGGAGUAUAUUCCAUCCACAAAGAAAACUAUACAGGAGGAAAUAUAUUUCUAA